UGAGUCGUGGGAACAAUCCUUAGCUGCUGUAUCGUCCCUGCUGCAGGUUAAGAAGCUACAGCAACCCGUUGUCACUCUGGUAAGAAGUCACUGUGUAGGGCGGCCUCAGGAUGGGAGGCCUCGCACCAUGCAUAGCUGGCCGGUAUGAUCACUGCUCGGGACGUGAGGCAGUGAGUGGUGCUGAGUGCGUGAAGCUCCCAGGCACAUGAUUCUUCGUUAAUCAAAGAAGAUCCGUGUCUGGUGUUAUAAGACCUACAGUAUAGAGCUACUUAAGCUAAAAGUGAAGGUGGAGUGGCAUAUAUUUGGCACACUAAGCUCACAAUGAAGGACACAGCUCAGUUGUAGACUCAGUGCUCCAUGUGGUGGCGUCGACGUUAGUGUCUUGCCUGUUCAGUGUCUUGAAUUAACUGCUAACCUAGACAGGGGUGCUACUAGUGCUGCCAAUACAAUAAUCACUAGAGCAGCUGUAAUCAGAAAGAAGCCCGGACAGCCUGGCGGCCAUGGAGUGACUGCAGCUGACACACUGCCUCAACAAAACAAAGUGUGGACGCCUGUGCUUCACUGCCAUCAGUUUCGCUCCGCCUCAGCCUUUCGUCCCAAAGGUUGUGUGGAAUUACCAAUCCUGGCUGACCUUUCCUCGGAGUCUUCACACAAGCCGCCGCCGCAGCCACCGUGUAUAUUUAGAAGCGUCUCCUGGAAUGUAAGACACCCUGCCCUGCCAGCGAGAUAAGGCCACACACUCUGCCACCAAGUCCUCUGCAAGCACUCGACAAGGUCACACACUCUGCCAAUAACUUCUCUAAGGCCUUGCAAACCGAUAUCUCUCUGCAAGCCACGCCAGACCCUGCCACAAAGCAUCCCCUUCAUACCCUACCAGGAAGACACAAAACAGCUCAUCUCUGCCAGCAAGCCCUGCUAACCCUGCCAAAUUCACUAUCAAAAAGUCGUGUCAGUUGGGACUUAAUUAUCAACACCCUGUCACCAGCACCCUGUCACCAGCACAUCUAGACAGCCUCAGCAACGUCGCUUCUUAUUGAGUCCCCUGUCAAGUUGGCUACAAGUCAGUUACUAGUAAGAGACAAGGCAAGUUACGAAUCACCCACAACAACGCACGUCAAAUCUCCACGUUACUUGGGUCACCGCCAGUCAACCCACAGCGUCACAUCGCAUCACAGGCCCGUCACGGAUCAACACACGCGUCACUAUCUGAUACGCCCCGUCACAACCUUGUCUAACAGUAUUCCAGGCCGCUGCAUCACGCCACAUUGAUUCUAAGAUCACUUCAGGUCUUCUCAUUGUGUCUCAGUCCGUAACAAGAAGUAGCAGCUCGUCACAGCCUGUUUUAGACCACUUGGAGACAUCACAGCCCACAGCAAGCUUAUUACACGCCACACCCAAUCCCAGCCUGACUUAGUUCCAUAUUCAGAAACACUUUGUUCACUCACCACGACUAUUCUCCAAGGCCACAGAGGUGAUUAGCGGGGUUUGCAAGAGUGUUUCUCCAGUUUAUAAUAUAGAAAUCUUGUCACUCUGCCUCUAGAACCGUGAAAACGCCUUAAGAGGUAAAUUUUGAUAAAGUCUUUUGAAAUAGCGGAGGUAAAGCACAGAAAAGGUUGAGAAUACGAGCCUUAGUCCCCAAAACAAGGGCAUUGCAGGUGGAAUACAAGCAAUCAAGCAUUCUUAAUCCAAUGUGACCACCAACAGCAUAUCCUAUCCUCUCUUAACCCCAGAGCAAGAUCACCACAGCCUUGCAGCGUUCAGAAGACCACCACAGUCUAUCCCACCUUGUCUUAUCCCUAAAAGAAGCCCAACACAGCCUCUCAAUCCAGCAACAAACUGACACAGCCUCCUUUCUACGUGAGCAAAUAUCAACAGUCCAUUCCAGCUUGCCACAGCCGUAUGAUAAAACCACCACAGCAACCUUGUCCUAUCCGUAAAAGAAGCCCAACACAGCCUCUCAAUCCAGCAACAAAUUAACACAGCCUCCUUUCGAUGCGAGCAAAUAUCAACAGCCUAUUCCAGCAUCCCACAACCAUAAAAUCAAGGCCAAAACAGCUUUUCUCAGCUUAAAACUAGAAAAUCACAACCCGUUUCAAUCUGUCACAACCCAGCACUGCCCAUCCCAGCCUCUCAGAACCCCAGGACAAGCAAACCACAGUCUCUCAGCCGCACUUCAACGCCACCACAGCAAGACACGACGUACCACAGGCCAUCUACUAUCGACAUCCCAUCUCAGCUUGUCUCAGUCUGUCACAAGGCACCCUCAGCCCAUCCCAGCCCGCCACACCCCGCAGCAAUGUCUCCCGUGGGUGCAGGCGGGCCUCAGGUGGCGGCUGGGUCCCUGUUGGUGGCGUGUCUCGUGGCCCUCGCAUCCCCAGUGCAUCUCCAGGGCGAGGUGACCGAGGCGCCAUCCCCAGCAGUGUCCGUGGGGCCUUACUUCCUCUCCCCGGGCAGCAGGAACAUCACAGCCUCGGUGGGACAGACUGCCUACCUGCCCUGCCGCGUGGCCCAGCUCGACGACCACGUGCAACAAGUCUCCUGGAUCCGUAAGAGAGACCUUCACGUGAUGAGCUCCGGCGUGGUGGUGUUCGCCUCAGACCAGCGCUUCCAGGUGGUUCAUCCCGAGAAGUCAGAGAACUGGACGCUGCAGAUCAGGUUCGCGCAGGUGCGGGACUCUGGGGUGUACGAGUGCCAGGUGAACACGGAGCCCAAGAUGUCUCUCGCUUACCACCUCGCCGUCGUGGAGUCGCGAGCCAGUCUGCUUGGACCGGAGUAUGUGCGUGCCGGUAGUACACUCAAUCUCACCUGUAUCGUGUCUCCUCCCGCUGCGCCAGGUCUGGUGUACUGGUACCACAACGGCGUCAUGCUGGACUACGAGGGCCUGGUGGCCAUCCUGACGCAGGAAGGCCCAGAGGGGACCCGCUCCUCCCUCACCAUCGCCCGGGCCGCCCCCGACCACUCCGGCAACUACACCUGCUGACCCACGGCGGCGGGCCCCGCCUCGCUCUCCCUCACCGUGCUGCAAGGAGAGCACCCUGCAGCCAUGCAGACGGGCGGGGCGUGCCGCCGGUGUCCCACAGAGUGGGUCACGCUGUUACUACCCGUGGCACUGCUGCUGCUGCACGCCGCGCGGCGGAGAUGAUGGGAGUGUGGGGACGUGGCUGUGGACUACCGACACACCACGUGUGGGACGCUGACAAGACGCGAAGCUGGCGUCGACAUGACGGAGCGGCAAGCGAGUGUUGUGGUGGUGGCGGAAGCGUGGGCGUGUACGGAGCUGGUCACACACGCUCCUUCACAGGAAUAUAUAGCGCUGGAAAUACGUCUUGGUGGUACGAGGAACGUUAUUAAUGCACCUCUGUUGUGCCUCGUCCGUGCAGGAACUGUUAAGAAGCACAUUAGAAAACGUGCACUGUCCCGGAACACUGCAGGGGAGGGGCGGCAGGGGACAGGACGGCCAGGGCGGCCAGACAGGGGAUGAGGGUAACUUUUCUGCUCGAAUCUGAACUUUUUGUCCUAUUCGUAUUAGAUUGGGACACUUUUUACUACCAUGAUUGAAGGUGACUGUUAUUGUGUGUUGGGGAGAUGAGAGAGAGAGAGAGAGAGAGAGAGAGAGAGAGAGAGAGAGAGAGAGAGAGAGAGAGAGAGAGAGAGAGAGAGAGAGAGAGAGAGAGAGAGAGAGAGAGAGAGAAUAUUGCAUGUCCCAUCAAGUGUUUAGGGCCAAUUCUUUCAGGAUUUGGAGCCUCCAUAAAUGGACUUUGUUUUAUAGCACAAAAAUGUAGGUGAGUUUUAUCUUGUAUCCCAGCAAAAUUGCGUUUCUCUCGCUCUAUAUGUACUUUUCUAUUUUUCAGUUUCAAUUUAUAUUAUUUUUCGCCGCCCCUGUGAGUGUGAAGGCGUUGAUAGCUUGCUUUCAUUUACUGACUGAACAUAAUAUAGAUUUUAGUUAUACAAGUUUUAGGCGGCGCUUUAUAACCUCAGUUUUGUGGCGCAUUACACUCAAUCAAUCAUUCGCUACGUUUCAAUGAAUUGGAGUUUUGUUUCACAUCGGUGUUAUGAAACAAUAUAUUAAAACAUCUUUAUUAUCAUACACUGAAACAAAACAAGAUAAGAAAAAAAAAAUGUACAGGAUAGUUUUCUACUGCACUGAUAUUUGAAAAGUUGUCGAAUAUUGUAAAAAAAAUAAAAAAACGAAAAAAAUGAAGUGUACAGAAGUCUAUUUUAUUGUCGUCGUCGUCGUUGUCGUCGUGAUUUAAAAAGCUGGACUGCGAUCGCCUUUUCUUUUUUUUUCUUCUUUACACCACAGCAAAUGAAGGAACUAACACUCAAUACUCUGGGAUCUUGUAUAAAUGAACACGCUUUGCUAUAUAGGCUCUGUUUUUACAAAGAUGGUGAUACAUUUUCUCAUUUCAUAGACUACAGAGCGUGAAGUGAGAGACUCGAGGAACUUCAGAAAAAAAAAAAAAUCUAGGAGCAUAAUCUCUGUAAAGACUCGUGAAGAAAAGAGGAUCGAGUGCGUAUAAGGAACCAGAUCUUCUUAAGUGUCAUGGAAAGGAAUUGAAUCCUUCUUAAAUAGGUUUUGUAUCGGAAAGACAUUCCAGAUACUUAAGAAAGCAUCAAGUCCUCGAUCUCUACAAAUACUCGAAGGAAAAAAGAGAAUCGUGUGAGUAUAAGGCAUUGGAUCUUUUUAAGUGACCAUGAUAAGGAACUGAAUCCUUCUUAUAUAGGUUUUGUAUCGCUUAUGAUCCUAUUUGGUGCUACACUGAACACCUUGUACCGAACUCACUUGUACCUGUAGAUCAUCGAGACUAGUUAGAGAGAGAGAGAGAGAGAGAGAGAGAGAGAGAGAGAGAUAAUUGACUUGUAUGUGAGAAUCUUUUAUAAUACCAUGCGAUCUCUCCCUUACCCUCACACACACACACACACACACACACACACACACACACACACACACACACACACACACACACACGGCUAUGACAGACAGGUAAGAGUUAUAAAUGACACGUAUAUAACGAGAACUAACCACUAAUCAUCAGUGUUGCCUUCCUUCACCUGCUUGAAGGAAAGGGUGGAGUGUGUCAAUAAAUAAAUUAAAUAAAUGGUCUCCAAUUAA